CAUUUUGCUUCCCCCCUAGUCCCCGCCCUCCRGACGUCACCCGGAAGAGGGGGACGGACGGGGGAACCAAGAUGGCGUUUCUACGCUGUAGGCGAGACCCGUGUGGAUUUAUAUGUCUCAUACUAACUUAUUUCAGCGUCUUUUACGCCGAUUAUGUGGUAAUUCAGUAUGUCCUCAUCCCUGCCUACUCGGGAAGGGUUGUGAGGGCUGGACUGUGUGUAGUCGUUGUGAGACCUACCGCCCCCCCAGAGCUCACCACUGCAGAGUAUGUCAACGAUGCAUACGACGCAUGGACCAUCACUGUCCCUGGAUCAACAACUGUGUUGGAGAGUUGAACCAGAAGUACUUUAUCCAGUUUCUCUUCUAUACAGGUAUGGCCAGUCUCUACUCCAUGGCUCUGGUGGUGUCAGCCUGGGUGUGGAGAAUACGGAGCGAGAGAGACGGGGAAGGAGACAAAGAAGGAGAGGAGUCUCCCAGCAAACACCUUAUUGUAGCUCACUACAUCAUUCUCCUGGUUGAGUCGGUGUUGUUUGGAGUGUUCGUCAUGGUUAUCUUCUACGACCAGUUGGUGUCCAUUAUAACAGAUGAAACUCCUAUAGAACAUAUGAGGAACAGAUUGAUGAAAGACAGAACAUCGAUCACCAGCAGCACCUCUGAGCUGCCACCGGCACACGUCCCACACACACGCAAGCCCAAACUAGCCCUGCUCCGAGAGGUCUUCGGGAGAGGGUCGGUGUUCUGUUGGCUGUUCCCUCUACAUUCCAGUCCCCCCACCGUCGGUGGAAUCAGCUACUCGGCUGUUCCGGAUUACGAUGUCUAACGUUCCCGCGACGUUCAAACAACAUUCUGUGAUAGCGUUUUAACAUUCCUUCAACGUUGUGGUUACGUUACGGUCAUAAUAUAAUUAGGGUUGUCAAAUUAAUUUAAUUGAAUUCGUGGCCAUUAGUUCAUCGCAAUUCAUCACAAUGUUUGACACACACACACACACACACACACACACACACACACAUCCUCUCUCUCACACAUUCUCUCUCUCUCACACUCACACACACCAUAGCCUUCUGCCUGUGCCAUCCAAACUGUGCAUAGCCUAGUCAGUGGUCAAGUUAUCAGGUUUCUAUCCCGUUAGGUAACAUUGACUAGCUAGCUAAACAAUGUUGUUUGUUAUCAAACCAAACAAUGUGUUUAAAAACGGCCCGCGACAUGCACACGAAUCCGCGAAAGAAAGAAAAUGCAUAUCUCCGAAAUGAUUUUGUCUCGCGGUCUAAAGUGAUGUAGCUGUGUUGCGUUUUAAAAGGUUUCGGUCAGUGUUAGAAAUGGAGAUACGAUUAACUUUUUUUUUUACAGCGAWAAACAUGUCACCUUAAAAACACGUGAACUUUGACAGCCCUAAAUAUAGUAUAUAGGUUAAUAUCAGAGGUUACUGAAAUGUUUGCAGUGAAAUGUUUGGUUAACUAGCGUUCCCACAACGUUAGGGGAUCAUGGUAACCUUUUCAAAAAAUAAGGAUCCUUCAACGUUGUGUUUGCGUUAGGGUCAGGUCACUGAACGG